AUGAGCGUUAUUCUCUGUACUGCUGGGUAUGACCAUACAAUUCGGUUUUGGGAGGCCCUUUCUGGCAUUUGCUCGCGAACAAUCCAGCACUCAGACUCCCAGGUAAACCGCCUAUGUAUCACUCCAGACAAGCGUUAUGUCGCAGCUGCGGGGCGGGACAAUGUGAAGCUUUACGAUAUCAAGUCCACCAACCCAAACCCCGUUAUGAGCUUCGAUGGCCAUACCAACAAUGUUACUGGUGUUGCAUUUCAUUGUGAAGGCAAAUGGAUGGUCACGAGUUCGGAAGACGGGACAGUAAAAGUAUGGGACACGCGCAUUGGGACCCUGCAGCGAAAUUAUGUACACCAGGCACCGGUCAAUGAUGUCGUAAUUCACCCCAACCAAGGAGAGCUGAUAACAUGCGAUCGUGCCGGCUUUGUUCGGGUCUGGGACUUGGGAGAGAGUAAAUGCACUCACCAACUUCAACCUGAGGAAGAUGUUGCCAUGGCGAGCGUGAGCGUUGCAAGUGACGGUUCUUUAUUGUGCGCAGGCAACAACAAGGGAAAUGUAUAUCUCUGGCGUAUGAUCCAGGAUCAGGAUCUGACUAAAAUCGUACCAUUCAUCACAUUCCAGGCGCAUAAGGACUACCUCACCCGAGUUCUACUUUCUCCGGAUGUCAAGCACCUCGCCACAUGUUCAGCAGAUCAUACUGCCAAAGUGUGGUCGCUCGAUCCGGCAUAUGGGCAGCCCAGGGAUACUGAAGAAUCGACACAAGGGGCAGAUGGAGAGAUAGACAAUGAGAAAUCACAACCCAAGGGUUCGGCAGCGGCAGCAACAGACUCCAGACCCAUUACAAACGGCCAACAUGGCGCUUCUCAUGAUGGUAUUUCUUCAACUGGUGCAUAUAUUUUUCAGAGGACGUCGCUAAUACAUACCCUAGACAUAUUCCUGGAUCCAUCGAAGGGUAAUCAACCCCUUACGGACACCAACGGCUCGACGAACCUGUUUCCUACCCCGUCCGAUGCGCCCAUAGAUCCCAACACCAAUGCCCCAUAUCUUGAGGCUACCUUAGCGAACCAUCAACGGUGGGUGUGGGAUUGCGCAUUCUCUGCAGAUUCAGCCUACCUUGUCACUGUUUCCAGUGACCAUUACGCUCGUCUGUGGGAGCUUUCAUCUGGCCAAAUCAUUCGUCAAUAUAGUGGACACCAUCGUGGUGCGGUUUGUGUGGCGUUGAACGACUAUUCAGAACCUCGAUAA